AUGGUCACACCACCCUCCAAUUUUUCAUGGGUCUCAGACAGUGUUUGCGGCUUCGCAUUUCCGUAUGAUAAAGAAGAAUGGGAUUACCUAGCCAACUGUGCCAAACUAUCUCACGUUAUUACGAUGUGCCAUGAAGUCCCCGACGAAGCUUCUUCUUAUUCAGUCAUCUCUCACCAUCACCUGCCCGUGGACGACUUGACACCCGCAAGCCUUCCAGUCAUUCAAAAGGCGAUGAAGAUUAUCGAAGACGCUGAGGCUAAAAACGAAAAGGUUGGUGUACACUGUCAACUAGGCCUUGGCCGUGCAGGCACCAUUUUGGCUUGCUAUCUGGCACGCAAGAACGGUUGGGAUGCGGAGACGGCCAUCAAAGAGCUUCGACGAAUGCGACCCCAUUCCGUCGAUUGUGACCAAGAGAGAGCAGUUCAUCGUUACGUCAAAUCUAUCCAGGGAUAA